AUGACUUCUGAGCGUGAGAGCAAGACUUUCCUCGCUCGGCUCUGUGAGCAGGCCGAGCGCUACGAUGAGAUGGUCACCUAUAUGAAGGAAGUUGCCAACAUUGGAGGCGAACUUACCGUCGAUGAGCGUAACCUUCUCUCCGUUGCCUACAAGAACGUCGUUGGUACCCGCCGUGCUUCCUGGCGUAUCAUCUCCUCCAUUGAGCAGAAGGAGGAGUCCAAGGGCUCUGAACAGCACGUCACCAUCAUCCGUGACUACCGCCAGAAGAUCGAGAACGAGCUGGAGAGAGUCUGCCAGGAUGUCCUCGACGUCCUGGACGAGUCUCUCAUCCCCAAGGCCGAGACUGGCGAGUCCAAGGUCUUCUACUACAAGAUGAAGGGUGAUUACCACCGUUACCUGGCCGAGUUUGCCUCUGGUAACAAGCGCAAGGUCGCUGCUACCGCCGCCCACGAGGCCUACAAGAACGCCACCGAUGUCGCCCAGACUGACCUUACCCCCACCCACCCCAUCCGCUUGGGUCUCGCCCUGAACUUCUCCGUUUUCUACUACGAGAUUCUGAACUCCCCUGAUCGUGCCUGCCACCUUGCGAAGCAGGCCUUCGAUGACGCUAUUGCGGAGCUUGACUCGCUCUCGGAGGAAAGCUACCGUGACAGCACCUUGAUCAUGCAGUUGCUGCGUGACAACCUGACCCUGUGGACCUCUUCCGAUGGAAACGAGGCCGAGGGUGCUUCCAAGGAGGACAAGCCCGAGGAGGAGGCGCCGGCCGCUGAGGACAAGGGUGAGGAGUCCAAGCCUGCCCCCGCCGCCGAGUCUUAG